UUUGUUGCUCUCGGAACGUCGUACCGUUCGUAUCGGAUGGACGGCUAGAUAGAUAGAUAGAUAGAUAGAUAGUUAGCACUACAGACUGGCUGCCCCUCGGACUGGGCGGGCAGCGAGAAUAAGAUUACAACGACCAAAAGGUAGAAAGUUGGCUGUGUUCUAGUUCUGAUUCUGAAACUCCGAGUUUAGCGAGGCUGUCCGUGUAGGUGUACGUGUGUGCAGAGACAUAAAUAGCUGUGUGGUUCUGGAGAAAAUAAAGAACUCCAAAACGGAUAGGAGCUGUCCGAUUGAGGUAGAACUUUCGAAAUGUGAAAAUAUUUAGUUUCGACUGAAGCGCGAGUCAGACCGGGAACCAAAAGUGCUGAAACAUGAGUUAAAAGUUGCAAAUGAGCGCACCCGGGGCGAACACAAAGGUUUUCACGUUUUAUUGUUGUCGCCGUGGCUCCAGCAGGGCAGAACGUAAUAAAAGCUACGACAGCAGAAAUAAUUCGUGUGUGGUGUGUUGUACGUAGAUCGAAAUGAGUUUCCGUGGAAAAUUUAAUUGAAAAUUGAAAUUUCGCGCAGAGAUAGAGGGGUGAGCUAGGGAGGAAGAGGGGGCCUAGCCUAAUGUUUGGCCUGCCCGAAUCGUGUGGCCAAUAAAGCUCCAGCUGCGAGAGAAAGUGAAAAGAAGUGCAUAUUUUUUUUUUCUGUUCGCCGGUGCAUUGUGAGUGAGGCGAGAUAAUUUAAAGGAGAUCUGCCUGCAAACUUUUAUGCGUGAAAAAUGGCUCACUUCUCCAUCUCGGAAAUGCCGGACAUGAAAGUGACGGAUACGUUCCCGAAGAGCGGCCGUGUCACCGAAGUUUGCAAGGAGUGGCUCGUACGGGAGGACAGCGCUCUAGCGUAUCAGCUUCAAAAUAAAGAAAUCAACGAGCACUACAAGGGCAACAAACAUCGGAAUCAAAUCGUCCGUCAAGACUUUCCAACUGCCCUGUCCGAGCAAAUUCGUGAGAAAGAAGAUGCCGAACGUCAGGCCGCCUUGUACCAUCAAAUGAUCAACGAGCAGGAAGAAAUGGACGCCAAGGUAGCACGCGACAUAGCCCAGCAGCUGAAACGUGAAGCCGAACUAAAGCGUAGGCUGGAAGCGGAGAAAGGUGAAAUGCUAGCCCGAAAGCUUCAGGAACAGGCUGCGAUCGGUGGUGGUGGUGGUAGAAAGUCUCACCGCGCGGUCGAACCUGAUCUUGCUUUUCCACUGCCACCGAGAAAUUAUCCGAAACCUGUAGUGCAACAACAACAUCAGGUACCUGCGAGACCUCCUUCCAUUCAUCACGCUUCGCCGUACAUAGGCCACUCACCUCCGGGACCAUCAGGUUCAUCGGCCAUCGAGCCACCGGAUCUCCAUUAUGCAUCGCUUGAACUGAACUCGCCAAAGCGACCACUUCCUCAGCCAGCGUUUCAGAAUGGCCGGAACCCUUCGGCAAAUAUUUAUCAGGAAAUCUCACACAAUCCGUCCUCGAACUACAACCGCUACGAGGAGGAUGAAGAAGGCUACACGAACAUAAAUCUUCAUUCACACACUCCGGAGAAGAAGCAACCGGCCUUCCCCAACAACGUUCGGAAUGGUUCUACAUCCGUCGACAUUGUGGAAAGUAUUCGGCAGUACGACAUACCAUACGAUGGCGAUUAUAGCUAUCAACUUCCACCUCCUCCAUCGUUGAACGACAUAACCGGUCACAGUCAGCGAUUUAGCAACCAAAGGGGCAACCAUCCUUCCGAAGCGUACAAAUACAGUAGUAAUGUUACAACGGAGGAUGACUUCCGAAACAACUCCAACUUCAACAAGAUAUCUCCGGAGAAAAUCGUCAGCCCUCCAACGUUGGUCGGAGCGGUUGGUGGUGCCUACGGAGGACCCAGCAGAAACUCUCGAGCGGCAGCCCUCAACUUCAACACAUACGAUGACGACGACUUUGAUGAAGCGCUUGCACAGCCACUGCCGUCCAAUCAUACUCCUCAGCUGAAUCAAAUAGGACUGCCAUCCUCGAGUCUGGAUCUGGGGGUGCCAUCCACCUCCGGUGCCAGUUCAAGGUAUCUGAGCAACGGGAGCCACUCGCAUCAGCAGCAGCAUCAUAAUCAUCAUCAUCAUCACCAUCAAAAUCCGCACCUGUACCAGAAUCACCAUCCGCAUCAUGCUCAAAUUCAGCAACAGCAGUUACAACAUCAACAACAGCAGCAGCAACAAGCCGCUCACCAUAGUCAGACAGUAUCUCCUUCGCAUUCCAAAAGCGGAAGCUACGACAAAGCCGAUCGGAUACGGGCGCUGAAGGAAAUAGGACUGCCACCGGAGGAGAUUCAGGAAAUCGAUCAGAGGCUAGAGCAGGAGUUGAAGGAUGAGGAACUCGCCCGCAAGCUCCAGGAACAGGAAGCGGAUGGUCUGGAUCAGGAGGUGAUCGAUCGCCGAGUUGCCAUGGAAGCUCAGGACAAGGAACUGGCCAAGAUGCUUCAGGAACGGGAACGAGCUAAAGCAAAGCGAGCACGGGAGAAGGCUCGGCUCAAAAAGGAAAUGCAACGGCAGCAGCAACAACUGCAAGACCCCCUCUCGGGUGAUGCAGACGAAGCCAUUGGUGAGGGAAGUUCGUCAUCGCACCUGGUUGGCGAUCAACAGCCGGCAUCGCUGGAGGCAGACAAUGGCGAUCCGGACGAUGGUGAUUCCUAUUCAAAUCCGAUCGAUAUGCUACAGCAAUCACAGGCAAUCGGUGCUGUAGGUGGUCCCGGUAGUGCUGGAAGCGGUAAACGGUACUUCGGAGCUCCGGCUCACUCGCCCGAACAUGGAGGUGCGAUACACAAAGCACAGGGAAGCAUUUCGUCGCAUGGAUCCGGCUCGGGAAGCCAUUACGUGAAUUCUCAAGUGUCGCCGAAUGAUGACAGCUAUUCGAAUCCCAUCGACAUGAUUCGACAGCAAAAGUCCACACCAAACCUGAAGCUCUCCGCCAACGUCCAGCGGUUAGUGGAAAACGGUCGAAAAGACGACGAUAUCUACGUCCUCCCGGUUUCCGAUGUUGGCGAGAGUCGUAGUCCUCAACGGCCGAGCCAUCUGGAUGUGAGAGGAAUCGUCAAUCGGCCUUCUUCCAGCUCCAGAAGUCAAUAUACCGACGAAAACAUCGCUGCCAAAAUCGAUCCCACGUUCAACACAUCCGGAAGCAGUCCGAUGAACACCAAUUCGAUGACUGCUUCGACACUCUCCUCGCCUCCAGGUGACAUCCUGGAGUUCUCCGAUCCCGGCUCAUCUAGUCCAGUGCCACCGUACAUGCCGAUACAGGGAACCAGACGGAAUACCUCGGCCGACAAUAAGAAACGAAAAUCAAAAGAACGUUGUGCUCAACAGUAAAACUUAAUACUUACCUGCGCAUGUAGAAAACAGCAAUCGAGAUGGAAAAGCAAUGUUUUUUUUUCGAUUUGUAAUGUUUAUUGUUACUUACACUUACGCUAACUAUGCACGUAAGCAUAUUCCCACACGCAAAAACGUGGUAUGCUUGUUACACUCGAAAUUGAUAUAAUGCUAUACAUACAUUGAAGAUUGUUAUAAGUGUCUAGGGGACAAUAACCCACUAAAAUGUGAAAAGCGAGCCGCUGGAGAAAAGCUGCUGCACAUCGUCGAUAUUUAUUAUGUUAUUUGAAUGUUGAAGAAAGGAAAAUCUAAGGAUAUUCCGCGUCUAUUGUGAAGUCACCCUGAGUGAGAGAAUUGGUUUUCAAUUUAAGCAGAUGCACGCAAAAAUGUUAAAACUUACUAUAUCGGCACAGGAAUCUGCUAUUUAUGGUACGUUCAAUUUUUUUUUGUACAUUUAUUUAUGUAUCUUUGUGAAAUAAAAGUGCAUUUUAUUUA